UUGAAAGCAACUAAGGAUUUUAGUCGUACGGAGUGAUAAAGUCAUGGCAUCCAAGGCAUUUGUGAUAUUUGUAUUGAUCAGCAUUUUUGGUUCAACUGAUUUACUCUGGACAACUGUAUCGAAAAGUUUAACUGGUCCAACAACGCCAAGAAAUUGCAUACCGGGAAAAAAAUAUUUUGAUGGCUGCAACACUGAUAUUUGUAUCUUCGAGGACAGAAUUUCUUGCACUAACGAACAACGGAAUUGGCUACGUGCUCAUCAUUUGAUUCAAAAACAAAUUGUUUCCUAUCAGUGCCAGAAAUUCCAUCAAUUGCUGAUGUCUGUGCCAAACUAUACACUUGAUUGCGACCGAACUUGUUCAGAUACGAGUUUAAUUGUGUGCGAUUAA